ACAGGCACCAGCUGUACUUCAUUCUUCAUGGCUGAACCUGAUCGAACCUGCUCUUCCGUUUUGCAACAAGCAUAUUAACUUGGUAGGUAAUUAUAGAUAACCAUAACGUUACUCGUCCCAGUUGAUUCCCCAGAACCAAAAAUGCAGGUAGAGAGAGUUCAGGCAUUGGCCCUUGGCAGGCUCAACGAGUUACCGGAAAAGUUCAUCCGCCCCGCCCACGAGCAGCCCUUGAACACCAGGGCCGUGGAGGGAAUAGCCGUGCCGGUAAUUUCCCUAGCAAAGCCACACAACGUCAUCGUCGAGGAAGUUUCCGAGGCAGCUGCCCAAUGGGGCUUCUUUCUGAUCACUGACCAUGGGAUACCAGCUUCAUUGAUAGAGGAGUUACAGAAGGUUGGCAAGGAGUUUUAUAUGCUGCCACAGGAGGAAAAAGAGGCCUAUGCAAAUGACCCCGCUAGUGGCAGAUUUGAUGGGUAUGGGACUAGGAUGACCAAAAACCAUGAUGACAAGGUUGAGUGGAUUGACUAUUUCUUUCACCACACUGCUCCUCCAUCGAAGGUUAACUAUGAUAUCUGGCCUAAGAAUCCUCCAUCAUACGGGUGUGACACACACAGGCAAGUAAAUGAAGAGUACAAGAAGGAAAUGCUGAAAGUAACGGACAAGCUAUUGGAGGUGCUUUCAGAGGGUCUAGGCCUGGAUAGGAAGGUAUUGAAAUCUCAUAUGGGAGAUGGAGAAGUGGAAUUGGAAAUGAAGAUAAAUAUGUACCCGCCAUGCCCACAACCCGAACUAGCCCUUGGCGUUGAGCCUCACACCGACAUGUCCGCCCUCACCUUACUGGUUUCAAACGAUGUUCCUGGCCUUCAGCUGUGGAAAGAUGACAAUUGGGUUGCUGUGAAUUACCUGCCAAAUGCAGUCUUUGUUAACAUUGGUGAUCAGAUGGAGGUCUUGAGCAAUGGUAAGUACAAGAGUGUUCUUCACAGGAGCUUGGUGAACAAGGAACGGUUGCGCAUGUCAUGGGCUGUGUUCAUUGCGCCACCACAUGAGGCUGUGAUUGGGCCUCUGACGGAGCUUGUGGACGAGCAAAAUCCUGCCAAAUACUCAACCAAAACAUAUGGUGAAUACCGACACCGCAAAUUCAACAAGAUCCCACAGUAGAUGAGUAGUGUAGUUAGUAUGUUUCUCAUUGGGACUCAAGAAUUUCUUCACAGAUUUAUAUGUUUUGCUGUCUCAGUAGGUAGAGUGGGGAUUCAUGAUGCAUUCUCUGCACUUAGUAGUUGAAUCUUAUGAGGGUCUUCAGAAUUUUAUGUCAGUUCAAUGUCGUUAUCAAUCUUUGUUGUAUUAAUGCUCCAAUAAUGAUGAACUCAUGAACCCAAUAUGAACUGUUUCAAUAUUUGAUUAUGAGUACAGACAGAUGCCAAUGGCAAUGAUUGGAUUUAAGCUAGCUAUCAAUAACUGUUAUAACCUAUGGCAGAUGAACAGAAACUAGUAACUAGCUAAACUAAUGGCAAAGGAAAAGAGAGGA